AUGGCAGACGCUGGACAAAAGCGAGGAGGGGAGUUAUGGAGGGUUGCUUUAUGCUUUUCGCUUCUGUUGUGUUUCGCUGAACGGAUUUCUGGACAAAUACGCUAUUCUGUUCCAGAGGAAGCAAAGAAGGGAACAACCAUAGGAAAUGUUGCAAAGGAUCUGGGAUUGGACGUGAGUACGCUUGUCCAGAGACGAUUUCGAGUCGUGUCCGGCUCUAAAGACGCUCUGUUUCAGGUUAACCAGAACAAUGGCGUGCUGUAUGUUGAAAAGGAAAUCGACAGGGAAACACUUUGUGAUGGCAACGAAGCUUGCCUUGUUAAUUUAAAGAUUGCCGUUGACAAUCCUUUGGAGAUACAUCACGUUGGUAUUGAAAUAACUGAUUUAAACGACCAUGCACCCACAUUUGCUGAUAAAGAGACGACACUGACAAUUACAGAGAAUACACUACCCGGCGCUCGUUUUCAACUGCAAAAAGCUCAUGACCCUGAUCUAGGACUAAAUAGUGUGCGUGUGUAUAAAUUAACCCAAAAUGAACAUUUUGAUUUGGAAAUAACAGACAAAGAGGAGGAUAGGCUUCCGUACUUGGUGCUACAAAAACCUCUAGACAGAGAGAAGAAAGCGCAGCACACUUUAAUUCUGACAGCUACCGAUGGGGGCAGUCCACCCAGAAAAGGGACUCUGAACAUCACUGUGUCUGUAUUAGAUAUUAACGACAAUCGCCCUGUGUUUAGUCAGGAUGUGUACUCAACAACAUUAUUUGAAAACAUAGCUGCUGGGACAACAGUGAUAACAGUGUCUGCAACUGAUUUAGACGAAGGAACAAAUGGUGAGGUUACGUAUUCAUUUGGCAGUGGCAUGACCUCAAAGGUAUUUGAUACCUUUAAUUUAGGUAGCACAACAGGGGAUAUCAUAGUUAAAGGUGACGUAGAUUUUGAGAAGAAUGCUGUGUAUAAAUUACAUGUUCGGGCCUCUGACAAUGGCCAGCCACCUACUACAAGUGACUGCAGAGUAGUAGUGAAAGUUCAAGACGUAAAUGACAACCGACCCGAUAUUGAGGUAAUGUCACUGUCAAACUUGGUCUCUGAAGACAGUAAACCAGGAACUGUCAUAUCCCUCAUUAGUGUAACAGAUGAGGACUCGGGUCUAAAUGGCAAAGUGCAGUGCACCAUAUCUGAAAACGUGCCAUUUGAAUUGAAACCCUCAGUUCAAGACAACAUGUAUUCACUGGUGACAAAAGAACGUUUAGACAGAGAGUCUCAAUCCCAUUAUGACAUCACAAUAACUGCGGUCGAUUUUGGACAACCCCCUCUGUCAACAUUUAAAACUUUAAACAUUGACAUAUCAGAUGUAAAUGAUAACAGCCCAGAAUUUCAACAAAAUCCUUUUGAGUUGUACUUAUUCGAAAAUAACGCAGCAGGUGCGUCUAUAUUCUCAGUCUCUGCUUUUGAUAAAGAUGUCAGUGACAACGCAGACAUCAAAUAUAACAUCAUCAGAGGAGAUGGAUCUAAGACAGAUAUGUCAUCUUUUCUCAACAUCAACCCUGAUAACGGGCACAUACACGCACUCAAGAGCUUCGACUACGAAACUUUGAAAAAGUUUACUUUCCACGUGCUAGCUACUGACUCUGGCAGUCCGUCCCUUAGCGCCAACGUCACAAUAAAUGUGUAUAUUCUGGACCAGAACGACAAUCCUCCCGUUAUCUUGUCCCCGGUCAGUGCUAACGGCUCUGCUGAGGGCGUGGAGGAGAUCCCACGCAAUGUGAACGGAGGACAUUUAGUGGCUAAAGUUAGGGCAUAUGACGCUGACACUGGAUACAAUGGAUGGCUACUGUUUUCUCUCCAUGAAGUAACUGACCACACUUUAUUCAGUCUGGAUCGGUACACUGGACAGAUAAGGACUAUGCGAGCAUUCACGGAAACAGACGAAGCUGAACACAAACUAGUUAUUCUAGUCAAAGACAAUGGGAACGUCUCUCUUUCAGCAACAGCCACCGUGAUAGCAAAACUUGUUGAACCAAAAGAAGCGUUUGCCGCAUCAGAUCUGACAACCAUCGUUAACGACGAGGAAGACAACGUCACUUUCUAUUUGAUCAUAACUCUGGGCUCUGUCUCAGUGCUUUUUGUAAUCAGUAUCAUCGUCUUGAUAGCUAUGCAAUGCUCAAAGUCCGCAGACUACUCGUCCAAAUACUUGCAGGACACGAACUAUGAUGGAACUUUAUGCCACAGCAUCCAGUACAGAUCUGGAGACAAGAGGUACAUGCUGGUUGGACCCAGAAUGAGUAUCGGUUCCACUAUAGUUCCUGGCAGCAAUGCAAAUACUCUGGUUGUACCUGAUCGCAGGAGUAGAACUUCUGUUGAGGUAAGGGCUGGUUUGCGAAGCACAUACGCAUUGUUCACGAGUGUUGGCUUUGAAGGGAGUGGUCGCUUCUUAUGA